UUGGGCAAUUUGGCAGGGUUUAAGGAGGGAAUCAGAGAGAUUGUAAGAGAGGGUUCAAAAGAUGAUGGCAAAUCUUUUAGACCUAAAAAUGAUACCGCUCAUGCCCACCACAGCCUCAUCGGUCAUCAAAGAAAUCGCAUUUAAGACAAACCCUUCAGCUUCCAAGGUCGAAAUCAAGCGUGUCCUUGAAUCCUUCUAUGGCUUAGAGGUCCAAAAGGUGCGAACUUUGAACAUGAAGGGCAAAAAGAAGAAUCACGCUGCUGGCACCUUGUACGCAAAACCCAAUUACAAGAAGGCCUAUGUCACCCUCAAGAAACCGCUUUCUGACCACCCCUUAUUUACCGCUACCAAUACCGUCGAAGCCGACAAGAACAAGAUGUUGACCCUUGCUAGCAUUUGGAAGCCUUUGUAUAUGGAAGCUGCAGAUAAAGAACUUUCCUGUCUUUGAAGUCAACAAUAUCUUUAGAUAUAAAAUUUAGACUAUAUGCUUCAUAUAAAAAUGGCUAGAUAGGUGUUUUGCUACAUAAUUUUUUAUGUUGAAAAUG